CGGGGCCUCAUCCUGCCCUGGGCAGGCGAGCGGUGCUGGAGCACGCGUGGGUUCAGCCGUGCCCCCUCCUGCCCCAGUGCAGAGGCACCUUCCCGGUGCCCGAGGUAGGUGCUGGGACCCGAAACCCGUCCCCAAUGCCUGUGGCACUGCGCGGUGUUGGUGCCAUUCCCAGUGCUGUCCCCGGUGCCGCAGGAUUGCUGCCGUCCCUUCCCCUCGCAGCAGCGUGUGACAGCGGGACCCCGAGCGACGUCCGGAGAGAUGCCGAGGUCCCGUCAGGAGCCGGUGCAUGGGGGGCAGGUGGAGGAAGCUCAGCCCGAGCGAGAGCUGCGGGAGGGACCCUGGAAUCGCUCCUGUGCGGGGCCACAGCACCAGUGGGCGAGCAGGAGCGUGGCUGCGGCCGGGUUUUCCUGAUAAACCUGUGGGAAGGGGAUAGUGCAGCUUCUAGCUUCCUCCUGGCCCCACCAACAUCGCCAAGGUGUCUUCUCUCGCACGUGGUGAACAGCAGACCCAGCGAGGAAGAGGAGCUGUCCCAGGGCACAGUGGGACCAUUCCCAGGUGGCAGCAUCCUUCAGCCGGCGUACUUAAGGCUGAGAGCCCGGAGGGCCGGGGCAGAGGCACCCGCUCGUCGCAGACACCCGCCCGCAGCCCGCAGCUCGCUCCAGCCCAGGGAGAUGCUUCCCGCCACCUUCAAGCUCUGUGCUGCCAUUUCCUACCAGAACCUGCGCAACAUGACCGGUCUGAGAAGACAAGCUGCCGUUGCCAUCAGCCAGGAGCUGAGCAAGCUGGCCUGCCGCGGCGCGGGGCCCAGCGCCUGGGUCAGCCAGGUUCGCAGGAGAAGCUCCUUGCUCAGCUCGAGGCUGGAGGAGCAGCUCUUCAGUGAGGUGGAGAUGUCUUACAUCAGGCAAGGAGAGGAAGCCCUCCAGAAGUCGCUCAGCAUCCUGGGGGACCAGGACGGCUGGAAGACAGAGACAGUGCUGGGUAACGGGGACAGAGUCCUGAGCAAAGUGCUGCCAGACGUGGGCAAGGUGUUCCGGCUGGAGGUGGUGGUGGAGCAGCCGCUGGCCGCGGUGUACGGCGAGCUGGUGGACAACAUGGAGCAGAUGGGGGACUGGAAUCCCAGUGUCCAGCAAGUCAAGAUUCUCCAGAAGAUUGGGAAGGACACAGUGAUCACCCACGAGAAGGCAGCCGCUACCCCCGGCAACGUCGUGGGGCCACGGGACUUCGUGAGCGUGAGGUGCUCCAAGAGACGCGGCUCCACCUGCGUCCUGGCCGGCGUGGCCACAACGCACGGGGCGAUGCCGGAGCAGGAGGGGGUGGUCAGAGCCGAGAACGGCCCCACCUGCAUGCUCCUGCGCCCGCUGCCCGGCAGCCCCUCGCACACCAGGCUCACCUGGCUCCUCAGCAUCGACCUGAAGGGUUGGCUGCCCAAGACCGUCGUCAACCAGGUCCUGGCCCAGACCCAGGUCGACUUCGCCAACCACCUCCGGCAGCGCCUGGCCCAGCCGCCACCUGCUGCCCCCCCUGAGGGGUGUAACAGGCAGAAGCACGUUAAUUAACAAGACCUUGGUUAAUUAGCACAGGCUGUAAGAGUAGACACCACUAAUUGAGUUUCAAUCGAUAAAUAAACCAACCUUUAUUUAUUGAAACCAACUGAAUUAGGGACCCAACUCAGUCAGCACCUGCUCACUGUGCAAAUGCAGGACCAGAACUCGGCGGGAUGAAGUCAGCCCACCCUGCCCUGGCCCCACGGAGCAGGUGCUGCCUCAGCCAGGUCCCUGCACCCACCCUGACCAAUUAGUUUCAAUGACUAAAGCAACCUUUAUGUAGUGGUGUCUCCUGUGGCUAACAAGGGAGGCAGGAGGACCAGCACAUGCUCAGCUCCUCCCCUCAAAACACACGUUUUACUCCCUUCUCCCCCCACCCAGUGAAGCAGCUCUAAUUUAUUUUUCCUGUACAGCCACAUACAACGUGUCAAACUAUUUAUUGACUCAAAGCUCUGCAGUGAUGAUCAUGUACAACCUGUCAAGGAGAGCAUCAGCUUGAGAGAUCUCUACAGUGUAGCUACUUUGAGUUUAAAUCUCCUUUGUCACAAGAUAAAAGAGAAAAAAAACCACACAAAGAGAAGAGUUAAAGCCUUUAUUUUUAAACUGGCUUCCAGUUGGGGGGUGUGGGG